CAUCAAGUGCGGCGCUGCCAUCCCAGACCGCUUGCCUUGCCUCCAUCACACCUCCACAAUGAGCGAGCCAUCAGCAGCGCAGCCGGUGCUUCUUGCCGCCGUGCAGGACUCGCCGCCGUCAUUUGACCUGCAGGGUGCGCUGGUGGCGCUGCGCGACCUGGCGUCCAAGGCGGCCGCGAAGGCGAGGGCCCUGCACGCGACAGCGCCGCUUCUGAUCGUCUUUCCCGAGGCGUUCCUCUCCGCGUACCCUCGAGGCAGCACAUUCGGCGCCAAGAUCGGCUCUCGCACGCCCGAGGGCCGCGCCUGGUUCGAGCGCUACCACUCGAGUUGCGUGCCCGUCGCCGACACCGAGGGCCCGGUCAUGUCGCAGAUCCGCAGCGUGGCGCGCGAGAACAACGCCACGCUCGUCGUGGGCGUCGUGGAGCGCUGCGACUGUCCCGAGACGGGCAAGCGGCGCAGCGAGUACGGCUCGGCGAACCCCGGCGGCGCUGGCACGCUGUACUGUACGUCGCUCACUAUUUCGCCGUCGGGCGAGCUGCUCGUGGCCCACCGCAAGCUCAUGCCGACGGGCACCGAGCGCCUCGUGUGGGGCUUCGGCGAUGGUGCUGGCAUUCGAGUCGUGCCCACGCCGGCUGGCCGCGUCGGCGCCUGCAUCUGCUGGGAGAACUACGCCCCGCUGCACCGUGCGGCGCUCUACUCCGAGGGCGUCGAGCUGUACUGCGCCCCGACGGCGGACGCCAGAGAGACGUGGCCGCCGUCCAUGCAGCACAUCGCGCAAGAGGGCCGCUGCUUCGUCGUCAGCGUCAAUCAAUUCAAUACAAGAGCGCACUUCCCGGACGAUUAUCCGAGCGCCGAUCCAGAGCUCAAGGACGCAGCGCCGGACCAGAUCGUGACCAAGGGCGGCUCGUGCAUCGUGGGCCCGCUGGGCGAGUUCCUCGCGGGCCCGCUGUGGAACGAGGCCGGCAUCCUUACGGCGCUCGUCGACAAGGCCGACAUUGUGCGGGCGAAGAUGGACUUUGACGCCAUGGGUCACUACAGCCGGCCUGACGUGUUUGGCCUGCGCUGGGAUCGCCGGAGCAAGGGCCAGGUCGAGGAUCUCUGAGUGCAAUGGCAGCGUGUGCAUGCGACGGUG